CCGUGAUGUCAGCCAUCUUUCAAUCAAAAUUUAAUAUUUUUUUAUAAAUAAUUUUUCAACAGCAUAGAACCUCCCAGAGCUGUACUCAUUGACAUAGAGAGCAUAAGCCAUAUCUUCGUGUGCCAAAGCAAGAUGAAUAUUAUUUUUUUCAAAAACGUUCAUUCUGAUUUGAAGCGAUCGUUCAUAGACUUUAACACUUUCUGGAAUUGAAUCAAAAUUGAGUAAAUAAAAUCCAUAAUCAAGCAGCGUGUCAGAAAAAUGGGGAUGACCGUCACGUUCAUAAAUUUCCGAUGCUAAAUUAACAGCUUGUCUUAUGAGAAGUCCUGCUUGAUUAAAACGUCGUUUGACUACGCAAGCUCUUGAUGCUUGUCUUAACACUUCAAUGAUGAUUCUACAAUAAAAUUAUUAAUACGUGAGUAGCAGACCAAGCAAAUGACUGUAAACGUGAGAAAAUUAGUGAAAUUUGAUAACGCGUCAUAAAGACUGUGUUACCUCAUCAUAUUCACUACGAUGAAAGUAUAAAGUUGAGAAAUUUGCAUAAAGGCCAGCUAAGUUAGUGAUAAUCAAAAUCUAAUCGCAACAACCAAUGAAGUAAUAUUUACAAAUAGUGAUAUUAGCACUUUUGUUACUACCUGCCUGUAACCUGCUCAAUUAUCAUGUCUCUCCGAAAAUUAUCCUAUUAUUUAAUCAAAGCGGUUCCAAAACCCAACAGUCGGAAUUUCAGUCUACACAAGCUCUCUGAGGACCAUCUCAUGAUACAGAAAACAUGUAGAGAAUUUGCCGAACGUGAAUUAAAACCAAUCGCUGCCCAGUUAGACCGAGAACAUAAAUUCCCCGAGAAACAAAUUAAACAAUUGGGGCAGUUAGGAUUGUUGGCCAUAAGUGUGUCAAAGGAAUACGGAGGUUCGGGUCAAGAUAAUUUAGCUUUGGCGGUGGCUGUUGAGGAAAUCGCACGAGGGUGUGGGGGCACCGGCGCAAUUGUUUCGAUUCACAAUUGUCUUUACUCCAAUCUGCUUAACCGAUUGGGGACAGAGCAGCAAAAGGAGAAAUUCUUGUGCCCCUUUAUAAGGGAUUCAGAAUUGGGAUGUUUCGCACUGAGUGAACCUGAUGCGGGUAGCGACGUUGGGGCAAUGUCAACCACUGCAGUAGCCGAUGGUGACUGUUACGUCCUCAAUGGGACUAAAUCAUGGGUCACCAGUGGCCCUGUGGGCAAAGCAGCUAUUGUUUUUGCCACAGUUGAUAAACAGUUGAAACACAAAGGUAUAACAGCUUUUAUUGUGCCUUUGCCCUCAGAAGGGCUCACUUUGGGUAAAAACGAGGAUAAGUUAGGGAUCAGGGCUUCGCCGACUUGUAAUCUCAUUAUGGAGAAUGUUGUGGUGCCUAAAAGUAACGUCAUUGGUAAUGUCGGAGAUGGGUUUGUGAUAGCAAUGACUCAGUUAGAUUUUGCAAGGGUGGGAAUUGCGGCUCAAGCCCUGGGAAUAGCUCAAGCCGCUUUGGAAGUUGCUGUAAAUUACGCAAGUCAGCGAAAGUCGUUCGGACAAACAAUCAACCAAUUCCAGGCUGUUAAAUUGCGGUUAGCGGAUAUGGCUGUAAAAUUAGAAUCAGCGCGUUUACUAGUUUGGAGGGCCGCAGUCCUGUGUGAUGAGCCCCAAAGGUCGACAAAAGAAUCAUCAAUGGCAAAACUAGCGGCAAGUGAAGCUGCCACUUUCAUCACUCAUGGGGCUAUACAAAUUUUAGGUGGCAUGGGUUAUAUUACCGAUAUGCCGGCAGAAAGGCAUUACAGGGAUGCGAGAAUUACGGAAAUUUAUGGAGGGGUUAAUGAUAUACAGCGGUUAUUGGUCGGGGAUAAAAUAAUCAAGGAGUAUCAAAUUUAAAGCAUUUAAAAUUUGUGGUUAUAUAAUGUUUGAGAUUAUGUGCAAGGUGCAAGUGGUGAGUGAUUUUAUUGAUAAAUUUAUAAGCAAAGUGAGAUGUUUUAUAUUUUUCUAAUUCUCAACAAGCGUAAUACUCCAUCAGUUAUUGUUUUUUGGUGAUAUAUAAGGCGGGUAUGUUGUUUUGAUUGAAAGUGAGGUUAUGUCAUUUAUUUACAAACAUGGAUUUUACAUAAUAAAUUUAUUGUGAUGGUUGUA